AUGGCUCCUUCGUCAGCGUUUGUCACACAUAUGCUACAAAAUCCGGUUCCUACGUAUCUUUUGGGCACGUUGCCCGCAAUUCUCACAAUAGGAGCAGCGCCAUUUUCUUCACUCAAAUUAAAGGUUUCCCAUAUCUUCAUUUGCCUAGCGUCUCCCUUUGUUGGUUUAUUUUACUUUGUCAACAUUAAUUUUGGGGAAGACGGAGAUGACCAGGACGUAGUAGACGCUUGCGUUUACUGGCUAAACUGCAAUCGUUUUGAGGGUGGCAUUUGGCCGUUCGGAUACCGUGUUCAGGCCAUAGAUGCGAGGCCGAAUAAUCAAAAUGUUCCCUUACCGAAAGCUCUCAGGAGCUGUAUAGCCAACGCAUCUGUUCUGGAUCGAUUUGCAUCUCUGGCAUCAGCCUACUACAUUGUGGUAGGUAUAGCCUUGGGAAUCUAUCGGGCGGCUGGGCCAUGCGAUAUCCAAGAAUGGCCCUAUAUUCCGUUGCUAUUAACCUGGACAUUGCCGGCAAUUUUGAUAAGAAUAUUUAAAGGCAAAAUUGUCGCAAAAAACCCGGAAGAAGAGUUGAAUGAAGAUAUGCUAAUAUCAGUCAGAAAAUUAUCGAAUGAAAAUGUUCGUAGCAUACGAGAGAACGUAUUGUCAAUACUCGUAUUAUCGUCGCUUAUUCCCUGGGUAGCAGUAAUUAUCGCUUAUCUUACUCGACCUAAAGGUUUUGGUUGCCGUUCUAAAUAUCUGACGGGAUUUUGUAGCGUUUGGACAUUUAAUAGUAUCGUUGCGUUUGUUUAUUACUAUUUGGGAAAUCGCCCACCGCCGGGCGUAAACACGGAUCAAGAUCGUGUUUAUAUUUGGUUUCAAGUUUGUGGAUUCGUAGUUGCAGUGUUUCUAGUAAUUCUAGCUGUGCUAAGCAAUAAUCCGUCAUACUGGGUAAACAUGUUCGGAGAUGCCUGUGAUACUUCAGCUUGUUUUACAUAA